AUGGAGGGUCAAGAUGCUCAGCCUACCGGUAACGGAAGCACUACCCCCAAGAGGGACAACAGAGAACAAGAAAGUACCACGAAGGUCAAAAAUGGCUUAAGGAAUCCGCAGGCUUUUGAAGAUAUUUCCAAUGCGAGUACUUCGCCAAAGCAGCAGUUCAAAAGGUUUCAGAAAAAACCGGGCAUGUUUGCCGCUAGAAGAAAUAAAGCUGCCGAGAGUAGUCAAGACGAGUCCGUGACCAAGGCGAAGGGUCCACGAAAUGGGAAGGCAAACCGUGGUUCGAAUAAUAAUAAUAGGAAGAAAAAGAAAGCUCGCGGUAAGUAUAAAGAAUCAGAAGGAUUUAGAGUAGUGAUGCGUCUACUACCGCCCAAUUUAACUUUUGAGGAAUUAUGCACUACUCUAAAAACGGAAAUCACAAGUGAUUUCGUUUCUGUCUAUCGAAUAUCAGAUAUCUACUACGUCCAGGGACACUAUUCAGUCAAGGCAUUUAAUGAGCCAAUUUUUUCCAGAUGUUAUUUCCAUUUUGAUGAUAUGGAGAACCUGAAAGCGUUUGUUAUGAAGCUACAGGGUAUAAUGCUUGUGGACGAUAGAGACAACGCUGUCAAACCCACAAUAAAGCUGACUCCAUAUGCUAAGAAGCUUUCUGAUACCAACCCAAAUGGGUUUGGGAAGUCAAAGACAUUUGUCUUGGAAGGCUCUUUAGAAGAAACAAAGCUAUUCAAAAACUUCAUGAAAUCUUUGAAAUAUAUUGAGAAAACCCAAGAAGCUGGAGAUGAGGGAAGUCUAUUUAAUCUUUUAGACGGAUCAAUUUCCUUACUGAAACCGCUAGAAAAGGAAUUGGCCAAGAAGAAGAAAGCUGAGGCCGCAGUGAAAAGAAAGACCGAAAACGCAUUAACCGAGUUGGCUGGUUCUAUCGCAGGUAAUAAUAAAAACAAGAAAAAGAAGAAAAAGAAGACUAAGACUGAUAAAGAUGCAUCAACUGGUGCCGGCUUGAGCAAAACUGACACAAAAAAUAAAAAGAAGAAACCCAAGAAGUCUAAACUUUUGAAUGCCAAGCGUACAGAGAGGAACAAUGCACAAGACUCGACCGAUAAAAAGAAUAACAAUAUUGUAAUUUUGGAAGAUGCUGGUAAGAGAGAACUGCAAAAAAGGAAGAGCUUGCAGAAGAAGAAAGAAACAGAGCAGAAAAAAUCAAUGAAGAAGCUAGUCCCUCAAAGCAAGAAGCAGCCUCGAAUGGACGUGGGAACUUUGAGCAGGUACAGCAUUAGCAGCCAACCUUUUGUCCCUUCAACGACAAAACCUGAAAACUAA